AUGUCUAGCCACACCUCACAAAGUCCUAUCCUCGACCACUUCGUCAUCCUCGUAUCCCACAAAACCCUCCUGGAAAUCUCUGAAUACACAAAUGGCCAAUUCACCCUAGCACCAGGUGGAACCCACGCCGACGGUCUCACGACAAACAAAUUGAUCCUUCUCUCGGACGGUGUUUACCUAGAACUAAUCGCCUUCUUUGACGACGCCGAUCCCGAAAAGCGCCGCCAACAUCGUUGGGGCAAUGAGAGGGAAGGCACAAUAAUCGACUGGGCAUUUACAUUGCCUUCAGAGAAUGAUUUCGGCCCAAUUCAACAGCGAGUCCGAGACGCUGCCACAGGCUUCUCCUAUACAAACCCUAUCCCUGGUGGCCGUACGAAACCAGAUGGCACUGUUUUGAAAUGGGCAAUUUGUACACCUAAGGACGACCACGAUAACGGUGUAGGUCCGGGAUCGAUGCCAUUUUGGUGUCUUGAUAGAACGCCCCGGGUAAACCGUGUUCCAUAUAAGACGGAGACCCAUCUUACGAGACACCCUAAUGGUGUGCAGGGUGUCUCCUCGGUGUUGGUUCAGUUUCCUGAUGGUGGAGAUGUGAAGAUGAAAGGGGCAUAUGAUGCCAUUUUUGGAGGUGCUUGGAAGUAUGAGGUUCCUUCGCGUUCGAGCGCUAGUCGACACUCAGUUACUCUUUCUGGAGAUAAGGCGGCUAUUCGGUUGGUAUUCAAUGGGUCAAAAAGAGGUCAGGUGGAACUUUUGCCUGGGCUUUUGUUCGACAUUGAAGAAUCUGCACAGUGA